AAAUUGUUUUUGACUGCUCUGUCGGCCGUAUCGUUAACUGCUCCUAGUGUUUGCAUCUUAUUCUUAGCGUGUUGAAAAUAAUUUUAUGUUGCCAUGAAAUUGGACAUUCGUCGAGAAAACUGUCAUCAAUUUUGAGUCGACUGAACAGAGACUUGCUUUGAUUGAAACAAAGUUAUCGAUAUUUUUCUCUGAAAUGAAAAAUGAAGAAUAGCUACCAUCUAAUGAGUUUGUCCAUCUGAUCACAGACAGUCAACCAUGGACAGAGUUUUGAGCUUUUCGGCAACUCAUUAGCAUUGAAUAGGCUUGGCCUCAGGUCAGGACAAUGAACGAAUAUAUAGCAACUAUCUGAGGUAUAAGAUCUAUCAAAACAAGACAGUAAGGUGCCAUCUAUUGCCAGAAUCGCAGUUUAUGCUGGCUUGUUUCAACAGUUAGCAUAUUACAUCGAAGCAGUAAAAGAAGACAAAGGAAACUUUAUCCGUCAGCCUUACCAUAAACUGGGCCAGAAAGUUUUUCUUUAUAUGGGAUGUAGCGUUUACCAUUUGCUGAUGGACUUUAUUUGGUUAAAUUAGCAGCAAUUUUUACUUGAGUUUCCUCAUCUACGUCGGUGUCAAACAGAGAUACGACAGAGACCUCAUCUGUCAAAUAUCAUAAAUGUUGGCAAAACUUUUGUAAAGCUGCUUUUGAAAUGGUUUUUUCAAUUCUUCUGUAAGCCUUCAUUGCCUUUAAAAAGCAUAAAUCCUGGUUAGGUGCUUUUAUCGCUAAAGUGCAUUGCAACCACUGCUUCAGCUUCUCCAGGGGCGUCGUCCAAACUCUCACCGAGCAGCAAGAAUCUGUCCACUUUCUCUGCGACAGCCAGAAGGCAGUGACCCCCACUGAUGAGUAAUACCAGAAAAGGAAACGUCACGGUGCUGUCAUGCAUCCUGGCAGUCAAUGUAUGAGCUUCCAUGUGAUGGAUCGGGAUGAAAGGGCCUCCCUUCAUUUGCACGAGCUAGUAAACUGUCGCUGGGUAGAAGAGGUGACCCAACAGUUAGAUACACUCCAAUCCGCCCUGCCUACGGCGCUUGCAGGUCUGGGCAGCGCGAAACCAGACAGCGACAGAGACAAGUGCCUUUCUCAUCUGGAGAAGCUAUCCGUCUACUGCUGGACCUGCAGGUGCUGCAUAUGCCACCAAUGCGCCCUAUGGGGAGGUACCCACUCUGGACAUCUGUUUAAACCAUUGGACGAGAUUUACGAACAGCACGUAACACAGAUCAAGGAUGAAGUCGCGCAGUUAAGGAGACGUCUCAUGGAAUUGAUAAGUAUUGUUCAAGAAGUUGAAAGGAACGUUGAAACAGUAAGAUCAGCCAAAGAAGAGCGAGUCAGAGAAAUAAGGUCAGUGGUUGAAUCGAUGAUAUCAAGGUUGGACUCGCAGUUGAAGACCAAGCUGUUAACAUUGAUGGGACAGAAGGAUUCAUUAACACAAGAAACAGAACAAUUGGAGCAUCUUCUACACGAGAUAGAACAUCAACUGCAUGCAUGCACAAGAUCAGAGUUGAUAGUGAAAAGUAACGAUUUAUCGCGGAUGAUAAAUGGGAUAAGAAAAAAACCAAUGACUAGUUUCGUAACUCCUCCAGUACCUGCAGAUUUUCAUAGCGAAAUCGUUCCGCCGUAUGACUCAAGCACCUUCAUAAUGUACAACUUCUCGCAGCUGCAACGCAAAGCUGAUCCAGUCUAUUCCAACCCUUUGCAAUCUAAAGGAUUAUGCUGGAGGUUGAAGGUAUACCCUGAUGGAAAUGGGAUUGUACGGGGAAAUUAUUUGUCUGUAUUUUUGGAACUCACUACCGGCUACCCAGAAACUUCAAAAUAUGAAUACAGAGUAGAAAUGGUGCAUCAGGCAAGUAGAGAUUCAUCUAAAAACAUUAUCAGAGAGUUCGCUUCAGAUUUUGAAGUUGGAGAGUGUUGGGGAUACAACAGAUUCUUCAGACUAGAUUUGCUGGCUAGCGAAGGGUACUUGAAUGUCACUUUGGACACAUUAGUAUUAAGAUUUCAGAUAAGAGCACCGACGUUCUAUCAAAAAUGUCGUGAUCUCCAGUGGUAUAUUAAUCAAAUACAGUCUAGAUCUCAAUCCUGUCUAACACCGAAUGAGAACAAGGUACAGGCUACUCGAUUUGAUUCACAUCCCUCAGUCAAUGGAGGUAUAACGAGCGACGUGGGCACCAAUCCCAUACCAUCUACUUCACACGACUGUCCACCGGAGAAAUGUGUGAGUUCAACGAUUACGAAAGAGGCUGACAGUACGAAAAUGGAAGAAGAGAUGGAUACCAGCAAUAACGUUGCUACCACCAGCGUUACACCCACGAACAAAAUCACGCUAACGUCAAAAUCCAGCAACCAUUCUGUGGGUAGUACUACGUCGGAUUCAUCCAUACAAACACAGCAACCAUUGAGGUACUUGGAAAUAACACUUACUAUAAGCAAGUCCGCCACUCAUAGAAUUCGUACCGAAAAGCGAAAGGAGCGCACAGAAGCAUAAAGCUUGAUAUCCAAAGCGAAGGUACCGGAUACUGUAACUGUACACUGGGACGGCAAAUUGUUGCCACCUUUAAAUGCACGCAAGUCUAAAGAAGAACGUCUACCGAUUGUUAUAACGUAUGAAAAUAAAGAACAACUUAUUGCUGUGCCCAAAUUGGAUAACUCUUCAGGCAGCGAGCAGGCUCAGACAGUUUGGGGUGCUACUAUUGACUGUAAUCUUGAAGAUGAAGUUCAGAUUCACUGCUGGGAUACCACUGCUUCAAAUAUGGGUCGCAUUAACGGUGCCUGAGUGCUUCUCGAACAGAAACUUAAUAAAAAAUGCAUAUUUUUGCUUGCCGGCAUCACGUCUACGAAAUGGUGUUAAAAGGCGUAUUUGAAUCAAACAUCGACCAAGUGACUACAAACCCUGACAUUUCAAUGUUUAAAAAGUUUCGCGAGAGCCGGAAAAGUGUGGAUCUUGAGAAAAUACAGAUUUAUACUGAAAAGCUAUCAUGCCUGAAUAUUUCAGAGACUGACAAGCUGCUAGAAUUUAUCGACAUGAAUUGACCAAAUAAGUUGGUAGAGACGACUAUCGAGAAUUAAUAGAACUUUCAAUAAUAUUUCUUGGCGGAGAUACAGAGAAAAAAUUUAAGAUUCGACCGCCAGGUGUCGUGCGCCGAGCUCGAUGGGUGGCCAGAGUUUAUAACAGAUUUGAUAUGCCUCCAACGUUCGUUGAUAUUUUUUAGUGUCAGGUAUAGUGGUAUAAAGGUCCAGAAAACCAAGAGACGUCGUAGUGUAGUGGAGAGGAAUAAUGAUUGCUGAACCGCAGGACGGAGGUUCGAAUCCACAAAGCUCCUUUUCUUCUAUUAUUUUCUUUUUAAUUUGGAGAAAUAAAUGAACCGUCAAUAAAAGUAGACUUUACAAUUAUUUCGCAAACCAGGGGUGUUUUCGUCUACUACAAGAUGUCCAGGAAUAAAUUUCCAUUUUUAAACUCGAAUAACUUGGCAACAGUGUAACUUAGCGCGGUCGGCGUCGACAGUGGAUCGAUGCGGAUUAUUUAGUACAAAUUAAGCGUUGGUCUGAUGCGCAUCGUCCGUUCAUUAUUGAGUGAUAUUCCAAGAACAGUGACUUGUACACAAUUGCAAGACGAAAGUUUCGUGCUCACUUCAAUAUGAGGCGUGUGGAGGACGCACCAAGUAAAAAUUUAGUGAAAUUGUGGGUUAAGAGGUUAAAGAAACAUCGUCAACUUUAAAUGUGAAACACCCUGGUCGUCCAAGGACUGUAACUACUCCUGAGAAUAUUGAAGCUGUACGCGCCGCUAUAAUAAAAAUUCCAAAAGGAUCUGUUUGUAAAACAUCACGGGUAGUGGGAUUACGUAAUAAAUCAUCUUUUCAUACAAUUUUAGGGAGAGAUUAAAAGCUUCAUCCCUAUAAGGUCCAAAUAGAGCAAGAAUUAAACCCAAAUGACUUUAUAAACCGUCGUUCCUUCACCGGAACAAUAAUAUAAACCGUUUUUUUUCAAACGACCAGGC